AUGGCGUCCCCAAAUAUGAGCAGUGCUAGUGCAAGUGCUAGUGUAGGAUCUGCAGCCACAAACACAACUGACAUCAAGGCUCCACUUUGGGAUCAUGUAACCAUUCUUGAGAAGCCUAGAACUGGUGGAGGAAAUGCUAUGUGGCGCUGCAAGUACUGUCCAAUGCAAAAACUAAGUAGUUACACUAGAGUUGAAGCUCAUUUGCUGCAGAAGGGAGGAAGGGGAAUAGGUAAAUGUCCUAAUGUUACAUAUGAAAUGCUUAGUGAAAUGAGGAAGGAAAUUGAAAGAUGCAAGAAUCUGGUGGAAAGAUCCAAGUCAAGAACUGUUUCUUUGCCUAUUGCUCCUUCAUCAAGCAAUACUGCUGACAGCAACAAGAGGAACAAGAGGGGGCAUGUUUCUGCAUUGGAAAAAGCUUGGGCAUUAGAAGACCCCUUUACCUUUGCUUGCAGCCGCAAUAUGCAAGGUUAUGUGAUUCCUGGUUACAACAGAGUUAGGGAGGGACUUCUGAAGCAAGAAAGGAGGCACAUAGAGACUUUGUUGGAGAGCACAAAGAGUACAUGGGCUGAGAAGGGAGUCACAAUCUGCUCUGAUGGUUGGUCAGAUCCUCAGAGGCGACCAAUCAUCAAUUUUGUUGUUGCUUCUGACAAGGCACCUAUGUUCUUGAGGGCUGAUAAUUGUGAAGGUCAGUACAAAUCAAAAGAAUACAUUGCUGAGAAGUUGAAGGGUAUAAUUGAAGAAGUAAAAACAGCCCUCCAACAAAUGGUGAUUAGUGAUAAAUGGAGUGUGUACAGAGAAGUCAGAGAUGAUUCUCCAACUCCAACAGUCCAAAUUGUCAAGAACUUGAUACUUAGUGAUGUAUGGUGGGACAAGGUGGACUACAUUCUUAGGAUUACUACUCCUAUUUAUGAAAUGAUUCGUAUGACAAACACUGACACACCAUGUCUUCACUUAGUUUAUGAGAUGUGGGAUUCAAUGAUAGAGAAAGUGAAGAAAGUCAUAUAUCGAUAUGAGGGCAAGCAAGAAGAUGAGGAGUCAAGUCUGUACUCGGUUAUUUAUAACAUAUUGAUUGCUAGGUGGACAAAAGAAAAUAAUCCACUUCAUUGUUUAGCUCAUUCACUUAAUCCAAGAUAUUAUAGCAAAAAGUGGCUUGAAGAAGGUCCUGGCCGUGAACCACCCCACAAGGAUAAAGAGGUUCUGUUCUCAGAUAUCAAUGCUGACGAGACUUGGAGUCUUGAAGAACUCGAGAAUGGACAAUUGAAGAAUGGAGAUGCUUCCGGAGUUCCGGUCUUUGCUUUGGCUGGUAAUUGCUACUGCAAGUCGUGCACUCCACCAGAUCCUCCCAAAUGGAAAAUUCUAGCCAUCUGUGCAAACAAACAAUAUACCCAUUCUAGCUUCUACGAUAGAGGCACUGGAUUGAGGGACGCCACCACGCCGAGAAUGAGGGCGCCCGAGGCGGGAGGAAGCCGCCAGGAAGGGAUCUGUUUGGUGCGUGGGCAGGGAGGAGUCUACUGGUCACCGUUCAGUUUGACCCUCCACCAUGUGUCACUGGCCGGCGCCGGCACGCCAUGGAGGAGGUGGUUCCCACCGCUCCUCAUCUCCCAGCAUGGAUCUGGUGGAGCCCGUCACGGAUCCGACAGCUGA